AAAAGUCAAAAGAGUUUCAAAAGAUCAAAACUAGCCUUGUGGGAAGUAAAGCCUUAAAAAGUUUCGUGGUUUGUCACUCUGUCUUAUUCUAAGUGUAAUUUCGGAAUCCGAAACGUUUUUUCAACAGAGAACCCUGCAGUAUAAGUGCGUCGUGUGGGCUGGUGAUUUGAUACUCUGUUCCUUUGAGGAGUUCCAGUUCGCCGUCUGCCUCUAGAAAUGGAGACGAAGGUGGUGCAGGUUACCAAUAUUUGCCCCAAUAUCAAUGUGGAACAGCUAAAGACGUUUCUUGGCUUUGUGGGUCGACUGGAGCAAAUCCGCCUGUAUCCCGAGCGUGUCCAGAUCACUCCAGGCGGAAUGAGUCCGGGAACCACGAAAGUGUGCUACGCUAAAUUCCACAAGCAAGAAGACGCAGCCGUGGCCCUGCAUCUGACCAACACCGUCUUCAUUGACCGGGCACUAAUAGUCGUGCCCGUAGAGACAGGAGUCAUUCCGGAUGAGCAGGAAGGUCUGAGAAAUGCGGCACAAAUGGGAUACGCGGGGUACCUGACAAACUCAUCUGCCAACGAUGUUUUUGGCCAACUUGACGGUGCGUCGAUGGAUGCCUUUGCAGAUUCUAGUGACGAACUAAGUCGCACCGUGUACAUUGACAAUUUAUCGCCGGAUGCGGUGUCCAAACCGGAAAUGUUGCUAGACUUUUGCAACCAAAUCGGCGAAGUUAAAUACGUUCGUCUGGCUGGCGAUAAUCCCGUGAAGGCCGCUUUCGUCGAAUUCUCCAGCCAGGCCUCUGCACAGGAAGCACUGAGCCAGGACGGUGUGCUAUUCUGUGAACAGCCAAUCCGUAUUAGUCUUUCCAAUUCUCUCAUUGACAAACCUCAGCUGAAGAGUAAUUCGGAUGCUCAGAAGGAGAUUGAAGCCGCCAUGGAUCAGGUGCGACGAGCGGAAAGUCUCAUUACUGCCCAUGCCUCCAUCACCGAUCCGAUUCCGCUGCCUGGCAGCAUCAACAAAUCGGCCAUUCGGCCACGCACCAAGAGCCGUUCACCUCCUCCGAAACGGCGAAGUCCUUCGCCGCCUCCAAAGCGCAGCAGUCGCCGUGAGUCGGAAAAGGAGUCGUCGCGUCGACGGAGCAGUCGCAGUCGUUCACCCAGGCGACGGUCCAGAACCCGAUCCCCUGAUAGGUCGAGUCGACGCCGUAGAAGCUCCAGAAGCCGCGAACGUUCCAUUGAAAAUCGCAGAAAAGAAAGAGAAAAAUCGAGAGAGCGUGAAAGAGAACGAGAAAGGGAGCGAGAACGUGAACGUGAGCGCGAACGAGAAAAAGAGCGAGAACGGGAAAGAGAACGCGAAAAGGAAAAGGAACGUGAGCGUGAGAAACGCGACAAGGAGAGAUCGAAAGAGAAGUCACGAAAGCAAAAGGAGCGUGAUAGGUCAGAAUCCGAGGAACGACCUUCGCACAAAAAGAAGCACAAGAAAGAAAAGAAGCGCAAACAUAAGGAUUCUUCCCGAUCUCGGUCGCGCGAACGGGAUGCGAAAAACAACGGCAACGGUUCCGGGGCCAAAGUUAAAUCUCGAAAGUCUAAAACGCCCGAUUCUUUGGGGGGAAAAUCACCCAGCCGGGCCAGUCAUCGGAGUGACGCCAUGGAAUCCAGCCCGUAGAGCUGUGUAAUAUAACAAUGAUGUUCUCUUUACUUUACUACUGGAUAAUUUUAGAAGAUUUGUAAUUGUAAAUGAGCUCUCGGUUCCGGCACUAAUGUUUUACAAUUUGACUACUUUCGUUUUUGUUAAAGUUAGUUUUCGGAAUGAUGCUAUGACCCGAAUCAACCGUAGCGCAGUUACUAAUCAUCCUGACUCCACCGGAUAGGUGCACUUGUA